UAUUUUUUUAAGAGAAAAUUUGUAGUGUAUUUUUAUUAAUAUAAAUUUAUAAAUAAUUAUAAAAUGGAUGAUCAAGCGUGUCCGAGAUGUAAAACAACUAAAUACAGAAAUCCGUCACUAAAGUUGAUGGUAAAUGUUUGUGGUCAUGCACUUUGCGAAAAUUGUGUUGAUUUACUUUUUCUUAAAGGAUCAGGUUCAUGCCCCGAUUGCAAUGUACCUCUACGUAGAAGUAAUUUUAGAGUUCAAAUGUUUGAGGAUCCCAUGGUUGAAAAAGAAGUUGAUAUAAGAAGAAAAGUUAUUAGAGACUUCAAUAAAAAAGAAGAAGAUUUUGCAUCGCUGGCUGAAUAUAAUGAUUAUUUAGAGCAAAUUGAAACAAUUAUUUACAAUCUAGUCAACAAUAUUGAUGUAUUGAAUACAAAUAAAUUGAUUGAACAAUAUAAGAAAGAUAACAGAGAAAUUAUCUUGAAAAAUAAAUCAAAAAUAGGGCGUGAAGAAUAUGAACUAGAAGAAAUGUUAGAAAUGGAGAAAAGACAUGAAGAACUUCGACAACAACAAAUAUUAUUACAAGAACAAGAGACAGCAAAGAAAAAACAGCGUGCGAAAGAUGCAUUGAUUGAUGAACUGAUGUUCAGUCAUGGUGACGCAAAAGAUAUUGUAAAAACAUUUGCUACCAAACAAGAACAAGUAAAAGAAGAACUCAAAGAGAUACCAAAGAUAACUCAGUUUUCAACUGGAAUUCAAUUUGGUCGCUCUGGGCAACAUCAGUUUUUACCAGUACCUCAAGUGGAAGAAGGUCCUUUAUAUCAGUACACUGAAUUCAGAGUAAAUAUUGAAGGACCCAUGCCUCCCACAUUUGAAGAACUAGAUAACUUAGGAUUUAUAAAACAUGUCAGAUCAACGACAACUACUGAAAAAGCAGGCGGAUAUACAGCUCAAUUAGCGUGUAGGAGAGCUUUAGAAAGUGCUCAAUCUGGAUUAUAUUUUCAAGCAGUAUAAUAAGAAAUUUAAUUUAGUUAAACAGAGGUGCACAAACAAUCACUAACUUGCGUGAUGGAUUGUCUGAAGUGGAUGGUAUGGAAAGCGAAGCUGGUGGAAAUGUUGUUGCAAUAGAUAUAGAGAAAUGUUUUAACAGAGUCAUCGAGAAAGAAUUCUGAGAAAAAGUAGUGGACAAAAAUAGACAAGAGAGAAGAAACAAUUGUAAAAAUAAGAU